UUAAGGGCCUGACUAAGGUUUAGGUGGACAGUAUAUUCAACAUUUCACAGAGCCUGCGUCCCAGGGUGGACUGACAACUCAUGGGGCCCCCGGGCAAUAGGGGAUCAUGGGGCCCCUGUGUCCUUGCCCAAACUCAAAAAAGCCUAUGAAAAAGGUACCAGGGGCAUCUCAUGGGGCCCCCUACGGACCCCGGGCCUUCGGGCAGUGCCCGAGUUUCCAAAUGGUCAGUCCGCCCCUG